AUGAUUCAAAAUCUGCCCAAAACUCAAUCUCAGCUAAACUCGGCUGGCCAGUUUUAUAUUAAAAACGCAAGUCUACCUCCCAUACUUGUUCUUAACAACCUUGCUGGAGGAACAAGCACCGAAGAUGUUCAUACAGUUGUGCAAUCUAUAGGUGCUGUACAACGGUGUCGCACACAAGUCCAACGUAACGGUACUGUGACUGCUGAAGUGGUUUUCCUAGACCGCAACGUUGCCGAAAUAGCUGCGCGUCAGUUUGACGGCGCUCAAGCUGAUGGACAAACUAUUUCUGCCCAAGUUACCAAGAUCCAAAGCAUCCCAGAUACAGAAGUAUACGUGGGCAUGUCACAAUCAACCCCAUCAGUAAAUACUACCUCAGCAGGCCACUAUGGAGCUCAUGGAGUAUCACCUGGAGUUCACCAAGGAAUGGUGCCACCACACCACAUGGGGGCAAUGAACCCUCGAAUGGGACAAUCACAUGUGCCUCAAGGACCUGCUGCUUCAUUGGAAGACUCCAUGCCUGGAGAUAUGGUGGUUUUACGACGUACUCGGCCAAUCCGUCAAUGA